AUACUGUGUUCUCUAUCUAAAAAUAGCUAUUGUUUUUUAUCCACCACCAACAUCUGAACUAGUCUUAAACGAGCACAUGUAUAAUAUAUAAUAUUGAAAAGGUAAUAAAAAGGAUAGAAGAAGAAAAAAUGUGUUGCGCAUUAUAAACUAAUUUUCAUUCAAGUCGAAUAGUUUGUGAGAGCUCUUCCCACAAGUCAAAUCCACUAUCUUGUUUCUACCCCCAAAACUUGAAGACUUGUAUGUAGAUUUAUAUAUAUAGAGACAAAAUCCCCUUUGGUUCAUUUAUUUAAUGUUAAGGUCCAAUUAAGUCGGCUGGUACGAACACAUGAGAAAAUCAAAGAAGACAAUUAUGAAAAUAUUGUUCCAUAUCACCUUGUUUUUAACACUUCUUUUAUGUAUUCAUCAGAUUUUCCGAAGUGGUCGACAGCCAAAACUCAAAAAUCCAUGGAGUCUGUAGAAGGAGAAGAAGAUCAAUGCAACCAAAACGAGCAGCUGGCGAAAGAUUCAAUCACAAAUGGUCAACAUCCUCUUCAACACCAUCACCAUUAUCAUCAUCAUCAUCAAUUUGUUCGUAAAGUUUCCAAGAGUUUGGUUCUGUUUUCGGCAUUAGCUCUUGCCAUAUUUGUUGUCUAUCACUCCUCAAAACUUCCUGCUUCACUCCACAAUUCAUUUUCCUCAUCAAUGCCAAAGGAACUUGUUGAGUUGAGUAAAGUAAUGGAAAAGACAGCCAUGAAAGACAAAACAGUGGUGAUAACCACAUUGAAUGAAGCAUGGGCAGUACCAAACUCAAUAUUUGAUCUCUUCCUAGAGAGCUUCAAAAUUGGGAACCAAACAAAAUGGCUGUUGAACCAUUUGGUAGUUGUUGCCUUGGAUCAGAAAGCAUAUGAUCAAUGCUUAAAAGUACAUCCCAAUUGCUACAAACUCAAAACCGAAGGCAUUGAUUUCUCAAGCGAAGCUUAUUUCAUGACCAAAGACUACCUAAAGAUGAUGUGGAGAAGGAUUCUGUUUCUCCAAACUGUUCUUGACUUGGGUUACAACUUCAUUUUCACGGAUGCGGAUAUAAUGUGGUUUCGAGAUCCAUUUCCACACUUUCAUGCAGACGCUGAUUUCCAAAUAGCUUGUGACUAUUUCCGGGGUAACUCUUCCAACUUAAACAAUUCACCGAACGGAGGUUUCACCUACGUAAGAUCAAACCAGAAAACCAGACAAUUUUACAGAUUUUGGUACGUAUCAAGGAACCUAUACCCAAACAAUCAUGACCAAGAUGUGCUCAACAGGAUCAAACACGACCCUUUUCUCAAGCACAUCGGAUUGCAAAUCCGGUUCUUGGAAACCAAAUUCUUUGGUGGAUUUUGUCAACGAAGUGAAGACUUCAAUUUGGUUUGCACAAUGCAUGCGAAUUGUUGCGUUGGUUUGGACAACAAGAUAUAUGAUCUUAAGAUCAUGCUUGAUGAUUGGAGGAAGUAUAUGUCGAAAUCUAGAAACGGGACGUCAUUGUUAGAAAAAUCAUCUUGGAACGUUCCUCAACAUUGCGGACCAGCAUCGUUUCGACCUCGUCGAAUGCCAAAGAAUGGAACUCAAGGAGGCACAUGAAAAGACAUGAUAUGCCCAUAUCUACGUGGAAUUAGGAAUUGGAAUUCAUAUGUAACCCUUUGGAUUUAAGAAAUGAAAAUCGUAGCUGAUUGAAGUAAUCAAUCAUUUACUUCAUUAAUUAGUAACCCCACUAAAAUUUGGAUUUACUUCUAAUUAAUUAAUUGUGUUUCCAUUGCCGAUGGAAGAUAAGGGUAUGGGUUUCGAGGGUCCACAAUGUAAAGCUCAGAGGGAUCCCUCCAUCUUUCAAUUAAGCGUAACAAAAAGGUUGAAAAUAUAAUUUCUUUGUUCAAAAAAAAAU